GUAUGGUAGUGUGUGAAACACAGUUAAUUAUUGAAACAAAUGAUAUUUGUAUAGUUUGUUGCUAGACUUUUUUGUUUCCCGAAAUCCACGUGUCUCACCACAGAACAAUCUUUGGUCUCAUUGUGCAGUAGGACAUGGAUAGGAACAACAUUUCCUUGCUCUGCUAUGUUGCAACGUGUACACCCGGGGCGUCGUCAUUACGCCGAUUCUGUUGCAAAACGUUUUUUAAACAGAAUGAAACGAGGCGGGACCAACCUUAAUUUGUCCAAUAGAAACUCUCGUUUUAGUUGCUAAACGUUCUGCAACUGUUUAGACGAAUGAUUACACCCCUGCUAGCAGUGAGCAGCAAUGUUGCUCUGUUAUUAGCCAGCGUCAAGCCAAAGCUUUGCCAAUGUAAUAAGAACAUUGGCACGGCAUUUCACGUUCAGUAACCAAAGGCUUAAUGUGAUAUUUCGAGGAAGAAUAUGACAAGAACAUCAGUUGGACAUCAAAAUAAUCCGACUGCAAAAGGAGAGAGCCAGGAAUAAUGGAGAAGUUCGGUUGUAGAAUCACGACGACAUUCUCUGUUUCAUGAGGAGCUACUGUCAAAAUCGGGGGAAUAGCAUAACUGGAUUUUUCUGUGAAAUCUUGAAGCUGUUGUCAUUUGCAACCUCAAAAAUGAUGUAUUCAUCAAGAAGGAAACCAGUCCUCUAUUUCAAAGAAGACAGAAGAUUCUGGUCUGGGAAAUGCACAGUCUACAAACUAUUUGGUCUGUGUAUGGUGCUGGUGCUGGUCUCCCUCCUAUGGCUCCAACUCAGCUGUACAGGAGACAUGAGCCGGGUUGUAGUGGAUGACGGACGCAUCCCCCAUCAGCCUUGUCCCCUGGAGAGACAGGCAUCUGCUGCGGACGACCCUUCCUGGGGUCCUCACAAGCUGGCCCUCCUGAUACCUUUCAGGGAGAGAUUUGAGGAGCUGCUGGUGUUUGUCCCCUUCAUGCACACCUUCUUGAACAACAAGAAGAUACUACAUAAGAUCUUCGUAAUCAACCAGAUAGAUCACUAUCGGUUCAACAGAGCCUCUCUCAUUAACGUUGGUUACACGGAGAGUGGUAACGACACUGAUUACAUCGCCAUGCAUGAUGUGGACUUGUUACCUCUGAAUGAAGCUCUGGACUAUGGUUUCCCAGAGGAGGGCCCUUUCCACGUGGCCUCACCAGAGCUGCACCCCCUGUAUCACUACAAGACAUACGUGGGAGGAAUCCUGCUGCUCACCAAACAGCAUUAUCACAUGUGCAACGGCAUGUCCAACCGGUUCUGGGGAUGGGGGAGAGAAGACGAUGAAUUCUACAGGAGACUAAGAAGUGCUGGAUUACAGCUCUUCAGGCCCAGUGGGAUAAAAACAGGGUAUAAAACCUUUCGCCACAUCCAUGACCCUGCCUGGAGGAAGAGAGACCAGAAGAGAGUGGCUGCACAGAAACAGGAACAAUUCAAGGUUGACCCUGAGGGCGGGCUGACUAACUUGCAGUACAAGGUGGAGUCGAGACAGGAGCUGACUAUUAGUGGAGCCCCUGUCACUGUCCUCCACACCAAACUGGAGUGUGACACAGACAAGACUCCCUGGUGUCUGUUGAACUAAGAGGAGCCCAAUGAUAGACCCAUGCUGCCUCUCAUCUGGGUUAUGUUCAUUAUCCACCAAACGGAAUAAAACAGACUAAAACAGGGAGGGACUACCUGAGCUUCUGGAAUGAGAAACACUUGUUUUUGUGUGCCCUAAUGAAUAUGACCCUGGUGCUACAAAGGGUGAUGUUUCCCCUACCUGAUGUGUCUGGAAGACAUGGAUAAAAAAUAAAAUGUAGAUUAUUAUUUAAAAAAUGUAUCAAACAACCGCAUCAGAAGACAUGGGUGCCAUCUUCUGGACGACCCAGAGAAGAGGCUUUGGCCUUUGACCUCAGCAACGCCUUCCCUCAUUGGAGAGAUGGAAUGUAUUUAUAUUGAACUAGCUAUAUGAUGUCAUCCUUUAGAACUGUAUGUCUAACUUUCAUUCAGAACUGUGAGUGACUGGAUCUGUGAGUGACUGGAUCUGUGAGUGACUGGAUCCGUGAGUGACUGGAUCUCAUGCAGGCCUAACUUCAGGGGCUUUGAACUACAGAACCUUUACCAAUAUUGACGAUAAAUGAAAGGAAAGGUGUACUGAAAUAAUAAGCAAUGGCCUUUGUA